AUGAACGAGAAAGUUUCGAAGACUGCACUCUCUGAACUCCAACACAGUUCUGGCUCCCGUUUUCGCAGCCAAGUAGUGACGGUCACUUGGCUUCUGCUUGAUUUAGCGGCAUUAUUCACUCUCAUUCGAUGGGUGUGGGUUGUUCAAGGAUCUAAAACAGAAGGUGUGAGCAGCAACGACAACAAUGCGAAUGUGUGGGCCGACUUCGAUUUCAGAAAUGUGUGCCAGCAGGUCCCUCCCUUGUUACCCUCACAAAAUAACAGUCAUCUGUUGUUGCUGGAGGAAUUUCUACUUUCAGACCGUUUCAAGAAUGAAUCAGUCGCUCGCCUGAGCGGCGCCGUGCAGGUCCGUACGGAAUCUUUCGACGAUCUGGGCUCUGUCGGAGACGAUCCACGAUGGGAUGUGUUCUACAACUUUGCCUCGUACCUAAAGGCCACAUACCCAUUGGUUCACGACACAUUUGAGUUACAGCAUGUUAAUACCCAUGGCCUGGUGUACACCUGGCGAGGGAGUGACACUACGCUGAAGCCUACAAUGCUGAUGGCCCAUCAGGACACCGUUCCGGUCGACGCGUCAUCUCUUGAUCAAUGGAUCUACCCCCCAUGGAGUGGUCAUUUUGAUGGACAUUAUGUUUGGGGACGUGGGUCGAUUGACUGUAAAAGCCAACUCACCGCCAUCAUGGAUGCAGCGGAACUACUUAUACAGUACGGAUUUCAACCUGAACGCAGUCUCAUCUUGGCAUUUGGUUUUGAUGAGGAAUCCUCUGGUAUUCAGGGGGCUGGCUACAUUGGCAGACAUUUGGAAGAGCGCUUUGGUCAUAAUUCACUGGCCGUCAUUGUCGAUGAAGGGUCACCCCUAGAGCGGAAGUGGGGAGGAGUCUUUGCCCUCCCGGCAGUAGGGGAGAAGGGAUCUAUGGAUGUCGAGAUAGAGGUUCGGACACCCUCGGGGCAUUCAUCGUCUCCGCCUGACCAUACCAGCAUUGGUAUCAUUAGCGACCUGAUCACGCAUAUUGAGAGCAAGCCAUUUCUGCCGUUUCUUCGAGACGAGAAUCCAUACCUCGCCCAGAUGAAGUGCGGUGCCGCCCAUGGCCCUGAGUUCCCACCCGCGUUAGAACGCCUUCUUCAGGAACGUGAGAAAGACAAGUUGUCUGCUGAAAGGAGGAAUUCGCCUUUCGACAAUACGGCACUAACUUCCCGAGAUCCACUGGCCGAAGAGGCUGCCAAGGAGAGCCGCGGGGUCAGAUACUUGAUGCAGACCUCCCAAGCUGUUGAUAUCAUAGCUGGUGGCGUAAAAGUUAACGUUCUCCCGGAAAAGACAUCCGCUGUAAUCAACUAUCGUAUCAAUAUCGGCCAAACAACGUCAGAUAUACAGCAGCACCUGGCCUUACUGGCAGCUCCUAUUGCUGAAAAGUACAAUCUCACUUUCCACAACUUUCCGUCAUCUGAGAUAAUGACUGAAGAGGAAAGUUAUCUGACGCUGCGUUCUUUGAAACAGCAGUUCUCGCCGGCUCCUGUCACGCCGACCGACACAACUCAACCGUCUCCAUAUGCAGUCCUCGCGGGAACAAUACGUGCCGUAUUCGGAGACAACGUAAUCGUAGCUCCUGGAAUUAUGACCGGAAACACUGAUACACGUCAUCUCUGGGGCCUAACAAAGCAUAUUUUCCGAUUUGGUGUCGCUCUCGAUCAGGAGGCUGAUCGAUCAGGCGUUCAUUCGACUAAUGAAAGGCAAGCCAUUGGAGCUCAUAUAACUGGGAUUCAAUGGAUGAUUCAGUUCAUUCGAAACAUGGAUGACGCAAGAUUUGAGGAAUAA